UCCCAACUACAGUGCGCUCUCUCUGUCAGAUGCUUUUCGCUGCCCAAAAGCUCGGAUCCGAGAUGUCCACGUGGUUCGCCACUCGACGUCACUUGAAACCCUGCUGAAAUGGUUGGAGUUGUAUCCUCGAUCCAUCCGGGAUAGACAAGGGCCAUGUCAUCCUCAGGACCAUCCCUACCGCCAUCUCAGGCGAGAUUGGCGGCUCUGAAUCGACUGAAAGCGAAAGAAAAGUUCGCGGGAGCAGGAAAGACGACGACCGGUGCUGUCAAUGCUGUCGCCGGAUCGAGUCGGAAUGGGGCUGCUCAAAAGCAACAAGGACAAGGGGGGCAAAGCACACAAUAUGUGAACAAGCAAUCUGCGCAGCCUGCUUCAGCUAGAAAUAUGGUGGAGCAACAGAAACAGCAGGAAGAGCCAUUGAAACGGAAUCCGGGGCUGGGAAAGUACUUUGAAUACGAUCUCAGCAAGCUGCAUAAUUCUCGUGGUGGAUUCUUGACAGAGGACGAUGCCGAUGAUGGGCGGAUCAAAAGUGUCAUUGAAAUGGCCAGGGAGAAGGAAAGACAACGACAGAUGAUCAUGGAGGGCGAGGAGCCAGCCAUUUUUGCAGAUACCUCACCUCGGUGUCGCGAGUGUCGUUCAUUGGAGAUUGAUAAUCAGUUUCAAAAGGUGUUCAGCAUCAACGUGUGCAAGAGCUGUAAGGAGAAGUUCCCGGAGAAAUACUCUCUUCUCACCAAGACCGAAUGCAAAGAGGACUACCUUUUGACGGACCCGGAAUUGCGAGACGAAGAUCUCCUACCGCAUCUUCUCCGUCCGAACCCAUACGCAUCGACCUAUAGCAAUAUGAUGCUGUUUAUGCGUGAGCAAGUUGAGAAAGUCGCCUGGGACAAAUGGGGAGGUGAAGAAGGUUUAGAUAAAGAAUGGGAGCGGAGGGAAAAGUUCAAGAAACGGAAGAGGGAAGAGAAGUUUGAGCAGGGGCUAAGGGAUCUACGGAAACGGACCCGAAACAAUCAGUACCAAAGACGUCAAGAGGCUCAACACGUACAUGAAUUCGAGGCUGUGGAAGAGGCGACGGAUGAGGAUGGAGGGACGAGAUCCAUACAACGAUGCUUCGGUUGCGGUGCAGAGCAAGAAGUAGAGGUGUGGUAAUGGGGCCGAGAAGACGACACCCGCCCAUGAUGUAGCACAUCGAUAUUGUUGUAUGUAGCAGCUCUACCAGGCCUCCAUGGUCCUCCUCCUUUCAAACUCGGUAUGGAAGCUUCAAAGUCGCGAGACUCACUUCUAUCGCUCAGAGACCCUUCCCGAAGCAAGCUCGACUAUAGCACCACGAUCGUACCGACCUACCCUCUGAUCAAUGGCAUACAUACAUUUUGCGCACGCUAUCGUAGAAGCAUGGUUCCUGUUUUGACGGCGAUCGCCGCUGCAUAUGAACGCAACCAGCUAUUGUCACG